AUGUCUUAUAGCGUGUGUAUUUCGUUUAAUUCUGUAAUAUUUAGCAGAACUGCCAGUAUGGGACAUGGCGAAGUACCGUUUAAAAUUCCACAUUAUACAAUUUACAGUAAUUAUCGACAGUUCCCGCAACUUCUCGAACAUGAAGAACGUCUCAAACGAAUCGGCCUUAAAGAUCCUUGGAUAAGGAAUUACGUCCAUUUAUUCGACAAAAAUCAUCCACACAUCAUAGGAUUUUUCCCACAUUUACGAAGUAUAGUAAUGGCUGGUUGGAAGUUUGGUGCUAUUUCUGCUACAGUUUUAAUUGCUAUUGAAGAAGGUUAUUCCUAUAUGAAAUACGGCAAAACAAGUUGGGAUGCUCAUCAUUGA